CAGCAGCACCACCAUUGGGGCGAGCAGCAGCGGCAAGAGGCAGCUGCCCAUCCUGCGCACCCCGCUGCCGCCGUUCCCGCCGCCCAGCCCCGUUCUUACCACCACUGACACCCAGGAUCACCCGGAUGGCGACUCUAAUCCUGGCUCUAGGAGCGAAAACGUGAUCAACAUCAACCAUUACGCUACCAAGAAAAGCGUGGCCGAGAGCAUGCUAGACGUGGCACUGUUCAUGGCCAAUGCCACGCAGCUGAAGGCAGUGCUGGAGCAGGGGCCUUCCUUCCACUACUAUGCCACCCUGACCACCCUCAUCAGCAUUUCCCUCUUCCUCCAAGUGGUGAUUGGGAUCCUCCUCAUUGUGAUGGGUAAGGCGGACUCUAAUCCUGGCUCUAGGAGCGAAAACGUGAUCAACAUCAACCAUUACGCUACCAAGAAAAGCGUGGCCGAGAGCAUGCUAGACGUGGCACUGUUCAUGGCCAAUGCCACGCAGCUGAAGGCAGUGCUGGAGCAGGGGCCUUCCUUCCACUACUAUGCCACCCUGACCACCCUCAUCAGCAUUUCCCUCUUCCUCCAAGUGGUGAUUGGGAUCCUCCUCAUUGUGAUGGCACGGCUGAACUUGAACGAUGUGACGAAACAGCAGCGUCUGGACUUGCUCAAUAACAUCGCCACGGCCCUGGUCUUCUUUACAGUCAUCUUCAACAUCUUCAUCACGGCCUUUGGAGUGCAGAAGACGGGGCUGUACCCAAGCCCUUACGGUCGGAGAAACUACUGA